AUGCAACCUCUAACAAGUUUGUAUAAUGUGAAAUCAAUCAUUGGGUUGAACCUAAAAUCUAAAAUUCCUAGAUUAAUCAUCUAAAAGCAAGCAAAAGAAUUAUAAUCCUUAAAAUAGCAAAGAGAGUUUGAUGAAAAACAAUUUACCCUGCAAAAAUAACUAAAUAUCAAAAUGAAAAAUAAAAUUUAGAAAUUCAAGUAAAGUGAAAAAACGCUAAAGGAAGAAAAUAUUUUCUUAAAAAAUAAAAUUCAAGAAUAGAUCUAGUUAAAAUCUGAAAUCUUAUCCCAGGAGAAGUAGAAAUAUGAUAUUCUAGGAGAUAAAAUGCUUUAUCAUACUGAGCAAUUGGAAAAAUCACUGUAAUUUAUAUUUGAGCAUUACAAAGAAAAACAUGGAGAGGAUGAUGCUAAUAGGAUAUAAAACACCCCUACUGAUAUUCUAGACAAUGAAGAUUUAGUUUAGAGAAUAAAUUCACAUUCUAUGAAUAAAGUAAAGGAGAAAAUUCAACACAUGGAUAGACUCAGCUUUGUAUAAAAGAAAGGGUUAGAUCUUCUCUCAUACCUUAUUGGAUCAUUGAAAAUUUUCUAAAUAUUUUUUUUAAUUAUUUAAUGA